AUAUGACAUGAUAUGACAUGAAUUCACGCAAUAGUGUUUGGAACAUUCAGUCUGCAAUGAUAAUAAUGUUCUGUACCUAUUUGUAAUCCGAACUAUUGUGAUUUUCUGUUUUGCAUCUGUCUGAUUAAGAUUUUAAAUUAUACAUCACACUCGAUCCUUGAAAUGUUCGCUUAGCGCGAAUUUUGAAAUUCCAUCCAUCACAUGUGCGUUCGAUGCGUUGACUGAAGAUUGGUAAUAUAGGGAGUAGUUUAGCCGUUGAGUGUAGAUUUCAAAGUUUAGCUCACGUUUAGCUCAACGCGAUAGUUUUACCAAGAAACGAUAGGGAGAGUGUGCGGGCAAAUGCGAAAAAGCGCGAAGUUCGCAGUACGGUCAGAUGUUACGUUAUUGUUGCCGAUAUUGAGAAGACGAAGUUCGACCAAAUCUGUAUUUUCGGAAUAUUACUCCAAAAGCACGAAUGCUAUCAACAAAGGGAACUCCGAUAAUAGAAAUUAUGAAGAGCAGAAAGAGCGUCCGGGUAUAUGGGUAUAGCAAUGAACAACAACGCGUAUGUUUACAUUCUCGUGUAAUUCGAUUACACUUUCGUUAUAAGUCAAACGUCUUCAGUCACACAAGUAUCUAAGAACUCGCAAUUAAAGCGAAUAGGUGCGAUAUCAUGGGUCACUACAAGGUCAAAUAUUAUUUUGCAACCAAGUCCAAUAGAAACAACAACGCUAAUUAUACUGGCAAUGAAGGGAGAAUAACUAACGCUUGUUCAAAUUGUGAAGACAAACGUUGUUGAUUAUAUCUACUCUAUUCAGUUUCACCAUACAUUUCACAUUUCAGCCUAUUUUUAUUGAACAUUUUGUACACGGCAUCGCUAGAUAGCUGGCGCCCAACAUUAAUUUCUUUAAUUUUUAAGUCAUCUUUCACAAUUCUAACUUUCAUUUUUUGGCCCUAUAUUUGCAAAGAAGUGAGUAGCUAUUAUUAUUAGAUUAUCAAAAACCGCCUUUACAAAUCUCGCAUUACAGUGGUGGUUCUUUUGAUCGUGGACUGAAGAUUUAUACUUCAGUCAACAAUUUGAUGAAUUGAUUAUCCAUUUACGUUGUAGAUAACAUGAAAAAAAUUUCCAAGUGGAAUAUUCAGAAGUGUAGCACACCGUCAUUUGGAGAAAAACAUGUGCCUCCAAAUUUUCCAUUAUCUGGAAUUAAAGGCAAAUCUAAACUUCUUAAACAUAACUACCCGGAGUACAUAGACGAACCAUCACAACAGCAAUGCAGGGGCAUUGAACAAAAUUUCUACUCAAGAUGGAACGAGAACGAUGUGGAAAUCAAUACAAUCGAUCAGUUUUCUGAUUCCUUAUAUCAGACGAUCAGUGAAUAUGAAACUAUGGAUGAAACGUUUGCUGAGGAUUUAGAUACCGAUACACAAUCCUUUGAAGCCAAUAAAGAGUUUCCUCAAAACAUAUCUGAAAUUGCGGCCAAGAACGAUGAAAAAGUCGGCGUGUUGGAUACUUUUAGCUCACCUAGAAAUGUCGAUGCGAUUGUCAGUUUUGACGUUGAUGGUUCUUUACUCUUGGCACCUAAAUUAUUUCAGUCCCCAAAUUCUGACAAAUAUGAAAAGUAUGAAAAAUAUAUUUCUGACCAAACAGAGUUGCUGACUACAUCUUCAGAUUGCUUUGUAAGCUUGUCGGACUUUCAGAUUCGGUCCCACGCUAGACAGAAACUCAAGACCUAUAGUGGCCAUGAUAAGUUACAUAAAGCGAGUGCAUCUGAGAUAUCUUUUUCCCCAAAAUGGAGCAAAUGCAUCGCAUCAAAGUAUGCUUCACCAAGUGAUAUUCCAUCCAGCAAGUCUACUUUACGUGCUAAUACAAGCUCUGCAAGAACAGGGUGGUCUAGGCUUUCCCAUGAAUCGGAAGGAUUGUGGAACAAGUUUAUACAUGAAACAAAUGCAUCAACUGUUGUUGAAAAUAACAAGACAGGGUCCACAAAGUUCAGCCACCUACAACGACAACUGAUUCACAAGGAAAACGCCUUUACACCCCAUGUAAUUGUGGAGACAGAAUCAUCUAUCCUGGGUCCAGAUAUAUCAUUUCCAAAGCUUACCUCAGGUAAUAUUUUCGCCAAUUCAACCAAUAGAAAAAUCAGAGACAAGAAAAUGCCUCCAAAGUUAUAAAUUCAGUGUGGGUAUUUAAACCUUCUGAUACUAGCAUAUACAGGUGUGUUGAAUUUUUAUGACUAUUUGUUGUAUCUCAAAUAUCAUUCAGAUUUGUAACUUGAAAUAAUUAACUUGAAAUAAUUACUAUUAAUCGCAAUAAAUUCAAGAAAUAAACCAAAAAAUUUGAAUAUAAUAUUUAUUUUCUCAAGGUAGGUGUAACAAACAUUUUUCUGGUCUGGCAAAUAUUCAUAAUACUAAACUCAUCUGUUGAUCAAACCCUUUAGCUUGUUUUGCGCCAAUACUUAUAAAUAAUCAUCAAAUGUAAGUUUGGUUCUAACUGAAAAUGCAAAUACAUAUUUGAUAACAAAUAAUAUUUUUAGGCGAAAAUUCAAUAUUUGAG